AUGACUAACACGGCCGGGAACCGGGACUUUCUUGCAGAGCUCGUUUCGGCGGCGGAGGCAAACGACGUCGAUCGAAUCCGUGAGACUUUCCAGGCCUGGGAAGAUGCGGGAGCAACAUCGCCACUCAAGGGAAAGCACAAUUAUCCCCUGAUUCAUUUCACACCGGCAUUGAAUGCGGCUCUCAAAUUGGGAAACAUCGAGGCUGCAGGCGAAUUUUUUGAUCGAGGGCUUCCUCCGGCCAUGGACCAGUUUGGAUCAGCUAGACUCUUGGGUGGCUCUGAACCAAGCCAGGCGGCCUGCAUGAGCAAGAUACCUCUGGUGAAGUACCUUUUGUCAAAAGGCGCAGACCCUAAUCUCAACGCCAAAGCCGACUCUUACAGUCCACUCGAGUGCGCUGCUCUUUGGGGAGAUUCUGAAACUUUAUCUCUGUUGCUCGGACGCAGCCCCGUAGAGGAGAUUAGGUGUAGCAGUGCGCUCUUGAACGCAGCCCAGGUGGGGGACAUCAAAAAGAUCGACAUUCUUCUGGCCGCCCGGGCAGACGUCAACGGGAUUCCCGACAACUGGAGACUGUCCCAGUCCGCUCUAAAGGACGAAAAAUGGGGGACCGCCUUGCACGUUUCUGUGGCGCACAAUCAGGUUGCAUGCGUUGCUCAUCUCCUGGGGAUGGGCGCACGCAAGGAUGUGAAGAAUCCUGCGGGUUUGACGCCGAAGGAAGUGGCAGAGAAACUGGGACACAAGGAGGUCAUGGAAUUACUGAAGUGA